ACGAGGGGGGAGGAGUGUUUGUCCUCCUACAGACAUGGGGCGCAGAAAGUCCAAACGGAAGCCACCCCCCAAAAAUAAGAUGACCGGCACCUUAGAGACCCAGUUCACCUGCCCCUUCGGCAACCACGAGAAGUCUUGUGAAGUAAAGAUGGAUCGUGCCCGCAACGCCGGAGUCAUCUCUUGUACCGUGUGCCUAGAGGAAUUCCAGACACCCAUCACAUAUCUGUCAGAACCAGUGGAUGUGUACAGCGAUUGGAUAGAUGCCUGCGAGGCAGCCAGUCAGUAG